AAGCCUACGAAGAAAUUGACAUCUCGAGUUAAAAAAAAAAGACUCCACCAACUGCUCUCUUCGUUGAUCAAAAACCUUCCUUUAUUGUCAAUGGAAGCUCUUCACAUCCUUCCCAAUUUCAAUCAUAUUUCCAGUCCAAGAAAGCCCACACAAGCACACCUUCAAACGCUUACAGCUGGGUUUCUGCUACUUUCUCUCCAAAACCCCCCUCAAGCCCUUUAAACCCUCAAAGUCUUAUAACCCAUAAGACCCAAAUACCCAAUUUCAGAAUCCCUUGAAGAAAAUCAAUGGCAGCAAUGAGUGCUACAUCAAGUUUAAGUCUUGGUUUCAAGAAUCUGAUGAAUACUUUCACGGUGGAUGUGCAAAGGGCGGAAAGCAGGCCAUUGAGUGUGCCAUUGAUUGCUCCUUUUACCAUUGCCACGUCGAGGCUUGAGCGGGUGGAUAAUGUGGCCAUAAGGAUUGAGUUGAGGAAUGGGAGCGUGGGGUGGGGUGAAGCCCCAAUUCUGCCCUUUGUUACUGCUGAGGACCAGCCUACAGCAAUGGCCAAGGCCAUGGAGGCUUGUGAUUUGCUGAAGAGAAGUCCAUCCAUGACGUUGGGUUCUGUUUUGGAAGAGAUUGGUGGGGUUUUACCUGGUCAUGAGUUUGCUUCUGUCAGGGCAGGAGUUGAGAUGGCACUGAUUGAUGCGGCUGCUAAGAGCAUUGGCAUACCCUUAUGGAGAUUAUUUGGUGGAGUUUCUGAUAGCAUAAUCACUGAUAUAACAAUUCCUAUUGUUGCUCCGGCUGAAGCUGCUGAAUUGGCCGCAAAGUACUGCAAACAAGGAUUCAAGACUUUGAAACUUAAGGUGGGAAAGAACCUGAAGUCAGACAUAGAAGUUCUUCAAACCAUUCGUGUGGCCCACCCUGACUGCUUGUUUAUCUUGGAUGCCAAUGAGGGGUACAGCCCCAAUGAAGCUACUGAAGUUCUUGAAAAAUUACAUGAAAUGGAGGUCACUCCCAUUCUUUUUGAACAGCCGGUUCACAGAGAUGACUGGGAAGGUCUUGGGCAUGUUACUUGUGUUGCAAAACAAAAAUAUGGGGUGUCUGUUGCAGCUGAUGAGAGCUGUAGGAGCCUGGUUGAUGUGAAAAAAAUAGUAAAAGGAAAUCUUGCUGAUGUUGUUAACAUAAAGCUUGCCAAAGUUGGCGUUGUUGGAGCCCUUGAAAUUAUUGAGGAGGCAAGGGCAUCAGGGCUGGAUUUGAUGAUUGGUGGUAUGGUUGAGACUCGACUCGCCAUGGGCUUUGCUGGCCACCUUGCUGCUGGUCUUGGGUGUUUCAAGUUCAUAGACCUAGAUACGCCCCUUUUGAUGUCAGAGGAUCCUCUUCUUGAGGGUUACGAAGUGUCUGGUGCUGUCUACAAGUUCACAAAUGCUGGAGGACAUGGUGGUUUCCUUCACUAGGACAAUAUUGCUUGACAUCAAUCUCAGGUUGCUUCUACACCGUAGGAAUCCUCGAGAAACCAGAUAAUCAUCAUUUUCAACCAUGCCUAUUGCCUAUGAAUAACUGGACUGGCAGGCAACUACAAGAAGGAAAAAAAUGUUAUCAGCUAUGGCAUAUGCUUGUUCUUGGAAGAUAUAGAUAUAGACGAUCAAUGAUGUAAUUACACUUUCCAGGAAUACCCGUCGCCUGGGGUAUUCAUUUUACGCGACAGUUGAAAUUUGUGCUUGAAUUUCCCUGGCAAUGGACCUGCCUUCUAAUUUUCUUGCUGCCAAAAGAGGCACCUGUUGUGUUGUUA